AUGGUUUCCACUGUCAGCAAAGGUUUUAAAACUGGUUUUACUUCUGAACAAAUAAUGUCAGUUAGUCCAGUAAAUGACUGUGAGCUUUAUAAAGACACUUACAUCUGUACUAGUGCUCAGUACCAAUUCAAUGGUGACAACAGCAUCACUAUCAGUUCAUCAGUUAGUCCUCGCUAUGACUGUGAGCUCUAUAGCAACAACACUUACAUCUGUACUGGUGUUCACUACCGCAUGUACUGUGAUAUAAAUGACCAUGAACUUCAUUUCACAAUAGACCACCAUCACUGCUUGAAGAAUAACUGUAACUGUUACGGUGAUAAGUACAACUGUAGAUGUUACAUUGCCACUUCCUCUUCCUGCUCCUGUGAGAAUUACAACAACAACAUCAACAACAUUGCUAUUGUCAGUCCAGUAAAUGACUGUGAGCUUUAUAAUAACCCCUACAACUGCACUGGUGUGCACUACAGCAUGUACAGUGAUAUAAGUCAGCAUGAUUUUCAUUUCGAAAUCGAUCAUCAUUGCCGAUUGUAUAAUGACUGUACCUGUUUUGUCCAAAUCACCUGUAACUGCUAUCAAAGUAGAAACUUCACCUGCUUCUGCACUGAUUCUGCUAAUACAACUACAAACACAACAUAUCCUUACAACUACAACACCAACAUCACCCGUCAGUACAACUACAAACACAACGUCUCUUGUCAAUACAACUACUACAACACCAACAUCUCAUGUCAAUACAACUACAACACCAACAUCUCAUGUCAAUACAACUACAAAUACAACAUCUCCUGUCAGUACAACUACAAACACAACAUCUCCUGUCAGUACAACUACAAACACGUCUCUUGUCAAUACAACUACAACACAUCAUGUCAAUACAACUACAAACACAACGUCUCUUGUCAAUAUAACUACAACAUCUCAUGUCAGUACAACUACAAACACAACAUCUCGUGUCAAUACAACUACAACACCAACAUCUCAUGUCAAUACAACUACAACACCAACAUCUCAUCUCUGAAUCUCACACUGCUGAAGAAAUGCAAUAAUCAGGGCACAGAAUGUUUAACAACUCUUUAUGAUCUGAUAGAGAACACUACAGUACAAGAGCUCCCUUUAAAUAAUGUCAGAGAUCUUUUUGAUGUGGUAUUUAAUGCUUCGGAGAAGAAGAUGAACUUAUCAUUGGAUGACCCAAUGCAAUUAGUGCAAGCAGGGAACCAGGUCUUAAAAUCCAGUGAGAAGCUCGUCUCCAUGUUGGUGAAGGAAACAAACACCAGUGAGAGAGUCAGUUUAAUUCGUGAAACUGUAGAGGCACAAGUCUUCAUGGUUGGACCACAGGCCACCUUAAAAAAAAACUCCAACCUCACCUUAGAUAAAAUCCCUCAGCUCAACACAACAAAUGCUUCAAUAGACAUUGAUCUCAUUGGAAAUGCCUUGAACAACAAAGGAUCAGCUGCUGUGGCUUUCAUGAGCUACACCACAAUGGAGGACCUACUGAAACCAGACUUCUUCAACAAAUCAGAUGACACAGUAAAUACCAUGAUGUCCACUGUCAUCUCAGCUACUCUUCCUAAAACCAUCAACACAACCCUCACCAAACCAGUCAACUUCACCCUCAAACACAUCAGAGAGUUAAACAAGAGUGGUAAUCUUUCCUGUGUGUACUGGAACGUCACUGAGUGGAUUGUAGAUGGUUGUUCUGUUGUAAAGAUCAACAGCAGCUUCACUGUGUGUUCAUGUCGUCAUCUGUCAACAUUCGCUCUCAUCAUGAAAACCAGCAGAAGCCCAUCAGAGGAAGGUCCUCUUCUGGAGUUGGUGAAUUUGGUGUUUGUGAUCGUGGGUCUGGUGUUUACUAGUUUGGCUCUGUUGACUUUUGCUUUCUGUCGAUGGAAACCUGGAGUGAACAAUGUAGCUCGAAUCAACCUCUGCAUCAGUCUGCUGUCUGCUCAUCUUCUGUUCUUACUCACACAACAAUUCAUCAAUCUCAUAAAACCUCACAAGGAGUUGUGUGCUGUGAUAUCAGGCGUUCUUCACUUCUUCUUUCUCUCCUGCUUUGUGUGGAUGUUCAUUGAAGCUGUGCUGCUCUUCAUCUGUGUGAAGAACCUAUCAAAGAUCAGCUCCAAACAGAGGGCGGUGCUUAACAGCGGAUUCUUGAUUGUGAUUGGAUAUGCGAUCGCUUUUAUUAUAGUGGGCGUGUCUGUUGGACUGGUUCCUGAAGGUUAUGGCAGUGAACAAUGCUGGAUUAAACAGGAGACAGACUUCGUCUGGAGUUUUCUGGGACCUGUUUGCUUCAUUCUUGUAAUAAACACGAUUCUCUUCAUCAGUAUCAUCAUCAGUCUAAACUCAACUCUCAAAAACCUUAAGGCUGAAGUUUCAGUGAUGAAACAAACCAAGAUUAUGGUUUUUAAAACUCUGGCCCAGUUUGUGAUUCUUGGUUGUCCUUGGAUUUUGGGUUUCUUCAUUAAUAACAAUCAGAUGAUGGAGAUUCUCUUCCUGAUCCUGAACUCACAGCAAGGAACCUUCAUCUUCAUCAUCCACUGUUUUCUUAAUGAUCAGGUCAGACAGCAGUAUGUGAAGUUGAUGAGAGCUGUCUUUCCCUGACUCGAACCAAAAACCUUCAAAGAUGUCCCCUCUCAAAACACUGAUGUCCACUGUUCAUGUAUAGUACAUACGAGAGCUGUUAUUAUAAAGCUGAUUUUAUUCAUUACAGUAAAAUAUAACUACAGCAAAAUCAACUUUAGAUGUUACAUCCCAUAGUCUAAUAUUUUUUAUUUUUUUUGUAAAUCUUAGUGAUGAAUAUGUUAGACAAUACGUGCUAUUUUACAGCUGUCAGUACUUUACAGCUUUAAUGUAAAUAUUAUAUUUUAUUUUGUAUACUGACAAUUAAAGGCGCAAUAUGUAAGAUUUUUGGCAUUAACCCUUAAAUGCAUA